AUCCAAAUGCGGAGAAUGCAACGACACAGCAGCGUCAAAGCGAAGAGUACAUGCUGUAUUGCAGUGUUAAGACUGUGUAAUACAGUUUUGAAUCGCGACGUCAAUGCUGCCGAAAGCAUCUUUGGUAUUUGCAUGUUUGCUGUAGUAAACAACAAUCAAAGGCCUGUGGUUAUUAAACGAAAAUAGUUUUAUUCACAUGUGAGUUUGUUAUUAUACUUUCCCACAUGCUUACAUUGUAAGCUGAGAAAUACCAUAAAAUAGUAUCAAAGGCUACCCUUAUUGACUCGACUCACAGAUCGAUAACAACUUGGAUGAAUUCUGGCAAGCAGUCUGAAUUUAUGAUACCAUUUAUCUAAAAUAGAUCAAAAUUCUAAUCUCAAUUCAAACAUAUUGUGUCCGAAUUCAUCCUCCUUUUUAAAAGACAGACAACCAUUCGUACUCUC